UGUCAGAUAUCAAUUUUGAAAUUUAAAAGUUUUAUUCUUAUAUCAAAUUUGUUUUUGUUUUUAAAUAUCGUCUUAGAUGGUACAUAUGUAAAUAGUAAUUUCCCGGUAAAAGUUAGUCUUGUUCUAAUUGUGAAGUUUCUAAAUUAAUCUAGAAGGUUCAUUCAUUUAAAUGAUAUGAAUCUUACAGACCAAGCAAAUAGCACUAAUUCAAGAACAUUGCAAGCUGUAAAUGAGGUUCUACAAUCUGCGAAACUCUCAAGAGAAGAUGUACUUUCCACAUCCCAAACUGUUUUCUUUACAAAUGAAAAAAUAGAUGACAACUCCUUUCGACUUUUAGAAUUAAACAACGAAAUACUCAAAAGCAUUGAGAAUGGCGAGAAGUUAUGCAUAAAAGGCUGUGAUGAUGACGACUUGGUUAUAUGUUCUGAAAAAGUGACCUUUCAAGUUACUAGUGCAGAGACUUCAAACAGUUUGCUACUAGUAAAACCACUAAAAUUUUUUGAGGAUCUUAAAGACAGUUCUUCAGAACAGGUAGAAAAGAUAAAAGUGUAUAAAAUUUUUAAUGAGUGCCUUGAAGCUAAUGUGAGUAAACUUUGCCUUAAAAGGCUUUAUGAAAUUCUCUCAAAAACUGUAUAUCGAGGGCCAGAAUAUGAAAGCGAGAUUGACCAAAACCAGUUGUUUACAUUAGAUGAGUUGAAGAACUGCAUUCAAGCUUCAGAUGCCGAACUAAUAGAUGCUAUACAGUCAAUGGAUAUUUUUGAAAUCAAUGGGUUUUUAAGAGAACUGGAUUUUGAAUACCAUUUCAGGGUUUUAUCCUAUAUGUUAAAACUAAUAGAUGAAAAUUCAUGGGCCCUUGACACCAUUGAUUAUAAUGAAACCUGUGAGUCAUUAGAGGAAAUUAUACCUAAAGAAAUUAUAAAAUGUAUAUUUGAAAAGUAUACCACAGAAACAAGGAUAAUAGAUGGUAUGCAGAUGUACCAAUACAAGGAGGAGCGGGUCUGUAAAUUCUUCGCUCGUGUUAUUUUAAAAACUGCAGAGAAAUUUAAUUUGGAUGAGUUCUUACAAGCAUGGAAGGAAUCUGUACCUGAAGGAAUGGUUCCUAAAGAAGAAAUGCUUUAUGGGAUAGCCAUUAUAGACAGAAACUCAAAACCAAAAGUCAUAUGGUCCUUUGAAGAGUCCUCACUACCAGAUAAUAUUAAUGAGAGAUUUAAAGUUCUUUUUAAAGCCAAGGACAAAUGGACUGUUCCUGAAAUAGCUCCAUAUAUUAAACCUUUGGCGACUGCUAAAUUGGAUGUCAAUGCUUUGUUGGCAAAACAUGCAAGGGCCUCCCUAUCUGACAUGAAGGAUACCACAGGGAAUAAAAUUAAAUAUUAUUCAGACAGGCAUUCAAGAUAAAAUUUAGGUUGUUUUCAUAUUUGUCUAUUUAUACAUGAAUAAUUGAGAUGUCUGUCAGAAUUGUCAUAAACUUGGGUCAAUACAUGAGUAUAAAAUGUUCAAUUAACAAAGUAAAGUAUAAUAUUGCACAUGUACUAAA